AUGUCCAGCGGAUGCGGCGCGCCCACGACAUUCGAGGCAAAGAAUGAUGUCAGUUUCCUCAAGAAGGAUAUCCCCGGCUGGACGCCUGUCGGCUGCGCGAGUGAAACUUCGAAUGAGACGCUCCUCAAUGGCGCACGUAUGACGAUUACGGGGAUGACGAUCGAAAAGUGCGUCAAUUAUUGCAACCAACAAGGCUUUACGUAUGCUGGGACGAAGAAUCGCAACAUGUGCACGUGCGGCAAGACGCUCAAUACGUCCAAGGUGUCCAGCAACUAUGCGUGCAACCUCGCGUGUGAUGGAAAUCUCAACCAAUACUGCGGGGCGGUGAACCGUGUUGCUGUUUAUGGUGGAAAUGGACCGAUCGACAUACCCACCUCGACUGAAGUUCCCCUACGUCUACAAGUGGACCAACAACGUCCAGUCCUCCUCAAGCAUCUGCACCACUUGUUACUCAUUAUGGACAGUGUGGAGGAAAGACGUGGACGGGAGGAACCCAGUGCGCUCCUCCAUACACGUGCAAGUAUAGUAACGACUGGUACUCACAGUGCCUUUGAAACGUUUGUUGAUGAGAUUUGUUUCGUUUGA